AAAUUUAUCAUAUUUUCAUUCACAUUCGUUAACAAAAAUUUGGUUUGGUUUUUGAGCUUGCUAUGGAUUCUGCGGAGCCUUCGCAUUGGUGUCAUAGUUGUAAUUCUUUUGUGAGAGUUGAGGAUGAUAGUGUUGUUUGCGGAGAAUGCGGUGGAGGUUUUGUUGAGGAGAUUAAUCGGGAGCACCGAAGGCAUCAACGUCGUCGUCGUCAUCGCCAUCAUCAUCAUCGUGUCGCGGUUGAGAGCCAUGCAGCGGAAUUUAGUGCAGAGGUUCGACAAAAUAUAGCCAGUACGGGUUUUAGGCCGCUUUUUUAUCCGUUUAUUGUGAUGCGGAGAACAGAGGAAACAGGGACUUAUGAGUUGUUGUAUGAUGAUGGAUCGGGUCUGGGUCUCAGAGGAUUAGUCCCUGGCAUGUCGGAGUUGAUUAUGGGACCGGGGUUCGAUCGGAUUCUUGAACAUUUUAUUCAUUUCGAUACGAUAAGAGUUAGUCAUCCUCCGGCUUCUAAGGCUGCAGUUGAGGCCUUACCAACAAUUGACAUUAAUUUGGAACACGUCACGAGUGAGUCGCAUUGUGCAGUUUGCACUGAGCCUUUUGAGGCUAAUAGUAAGGCGCGUGAAUUACCUUGCAAGCAUCUGUAUCAUUCUGACUGCAUUUUGCCUUGGCUUGAGACGCGGAACUCUUGUCCUGUCUGUCGCCAUGAAUUGCCUAGUGAGGUAGCGGAUAUGGAUGGAUUGGCGGCUGGAGAGGAGUCAAUGGGACUGAUUAUAUGGAGAUUGCCGCGUGGGGGGUAUGCGGUUGGGAGGUUUAAUGGUGGCAGGGAGAUAGGUGAGAAUGAGGUGCCUGAUGAUUAUAAUGUAACAGAUGAUGUGGUUGAUGUCGAUGGUAGCAGCCAGAGGAGGGUGAUUUGGUCGAGAAGCGGAAGUAGGAGGAGAGGGAGGGGGAUUAGUAAUGCAUUUCACAAUAUCAUGUCAUUCUUUGGCAGGUCUAGAAGUUCUUCUUCGACGCAGUUGAAUAUGGAAAUUGGUUUCGAUGAGGAGGUGUCGAGGAUCAACAGCCGGAGAAGGACUGCGCUUAAUGCCUGAGAUUUAGGAUUUGAUAGUGUUUAGCCAUUGUAGUUUAUAUUUGAAGUUUAUGAUUACAUGUUGAUAUGCAAAGAUGUUAUCCCUUUAUAUGUUAUCCCCAAAAGUUUUAAGUUCAAUUCAA